CAUGCCCACAUGUUUAUUUAGUGAUAUGAAAAUGCAAGGUUGCUUACAUUUAGAUUGACGACUCUGUGGAUUAUAUAAGGGGAUCCUGCUUGGCCUCCAUGAAAAAAAUCAAGUACCAUGUAUAUAUUUGUGUAGAAAACAAGCAAAAAGUCUGCUUUGCCUACUGUGAAUGUCCAAUUGGUUUGGCCCAGUCAUGCAGCCACAUAGGCGGUCUACUUUUUUACAUUCACCACCUACAACUUAGUGAAAAGCUAAUGUCGGAUAGUGCCACCUCUAAAUCAUGUCAAUGGAAUGUCCCCCGCCCUAUGAAAAUGGAACCAAAGCCCUUGAAAGACUGGAACUUAAGUCGACCCAAGUUGAGCUCGGAAGGCCAGGUUGAGUUCAGGGAAAAGAAACAGAUUGACUUUGAUCCACGUCACCCAGAUCAGAGGGAAUUUCAACUUGCUCACUCAAUUGAACAACUAAAGAUUCUUAAGGAAAUAUUCCCCAAAACUGGUAUGUGUCAUUUAUGGAUGAUCCCAGAUGAAACACCAGAAGUAGUAAAAGAAGUGGAGGUACAGACAUCUGAGGAUCCUAUGGAGAUGGCAAUGAAGGCACUAAUUCUGUCCAAGGAGAACUUGCCGAUGGCAAUCUCAAUUGAUGAAAACCUCAGCUUAUUCAUUGAGGAGAGAACCCAGGGCCAAAGAUGUUGUCCAAUAUGGAGAGAGCUGCACAAAGGGAGAAUAACCAGUUCUCUCUUUGGUGCAGUUCUCGGCUCUGGUGCUAACCCUAACUCCCUGGUAGACCAGAUAAUUAAAGGAUCUGGUCUAGACAGAUACCAGUCACUGCCCAAAGCAAUACAGUGGGGCAUAGACCAUGAAAAGGAAGCCCUCCAGGACUAUCUCUGCCUCCAGAAUUGCGUUACUAAUCUAACAGUGGAACCAUCAGGACUUACCAUAUAUCCAUCUCAUGCAUUUUUAGGUGCCUCUAGUGAUGGAUGGAUAUAUGAUAAGUCCAUGCCAGUGGGUAACCAGAAAGGGGUGCUGGAAAUUAAAUGUCCUUAUUCUAUUUCCAAUGAAGUCAUCACAGACAGAGAGGUGCAUGAACUUGCUGGACAAGGUGGUUUCUGUCUGGAGAUGACUGAUGAGGGCCCUCGCUUGAAAAGAUCCCACAAAUACUAUGCCCAGAUUCAGGGAGAGAUGGCCAUCAUGGGUUGCUCAUGGGGAGAUUUUGUGGUUUGGACAGCUGCCUCUCAGAGCAAUUGCUUUAUCGAGAGAGUUUAUUUCGAUGUUACCUUUGUAACUUCAAUGAUGCCCAAACUUGUAGAAUUUUUUGUUAGUUAUAUUUCACCUUCUUAUACUAAAUAGUAAAACUCCAUGAUGCCUCAUUGAAACCUGUGUUGA